GUCGUCCUGACUCCGCCCUCGGUUACUGCAGUUUGCUUGUAAACGUUACAGGAGGAGGACACCACCUCUUCACGGGACAGUCUCUGCAACAUAAGAAACAGGAAACCUUUUUAAUCGCGAACGGGGAGCUCACAUCUGGAUUUUAUCAGGAUUAUUUUCAAUAUGAUUUAAUAAUCGGAUCCUGACUGCAGACAGGGCGACUCUCUCUCUCUCUCUCUCUCUGCGACUGCUGCUUUGCACAUUUGUACACAAUGUAUCAGACGUUACGGACGCUUUUACUAUCAAACGCCCGGUGCUGGGAUGCAGACAGCAAGAGGUCGUGCAAGGACUUGUUUGAGAGCCUUGAUACCAAUAAAGAUGGGAAGGUGGACGUCGCUGAGUUACGAGCGGGCCUCAAGGCGAUGGGCAUUUUCCGCCAGGGUGCCGCACAGAAAAUCGUGUCAUCUGGUGACCAGAACAAGGAUGGGAGUCUUGACUUCAACGAGUUCAGCAAGUAUCUGAAAGAGCACCAGAAGAAGCUGCGGCUGACAUUCAAGAGUCUGGACAGAAACAACGAUGGACGCAUUGAUGCCUCAGAGAUCCAGCAGUGCCUUGCAGAGCUGGGUAUGGAUAUCAGCAGAGCGAAUGCCCAGAAAAUAUUACAGAGCAUGGACAUUGAUGGGACCAUGAUGGUGGAUUGGAACGAGUGGAGAGAACACUUCCUGUUAUGCCCCGCUCACAACCUGGAAGAGAUCAUACGCCACUGGAAACACUCCUCGGUGCUGGACAUAGGUGACAGUCUUGCCAUCCCAGAUGAAUUCACAGAGGAGGAGAAGAGCUCCGGUGGCUGGUGGAAGCAGCUCGCUGCAGGUGCAGUGGCGGGGGCCGUCUCUCGCACUGGUACUGCCCCUCUGGACAGAAUGAAAGUCUUCAUGCAGGUUCAUUCUUCUACGACCAACCGGAUCAGCCUGGUUGGGGGCUUCCAGCGGAUGAUCAAAGAGGGAGGUCUGACUUCACUGUGGCGGGGAAACGGGAUCAACGUUUUAAAGAUUGCACCUGAGACGGCAAUCAAAUUCAUGGCAUAUGAGCAAUAUAAGAAGUUGUUAUCAUCUGAGGGCCAGAAGAUUGAGACACACAAGAGGUUCAUGGCUGGUUCUCUGGCUGGAGCCACAGCACAGACAGCCAUCUACCCGAUGGAGGUGUUGAAAACUAGACUGACCCUAGGGAAAACGGGCCAGUAUUCAGGGAUGUUUGAUUGUGCCAAAAAGAUCAUGAGGAAGGAGGGAAUCAAGGCUUUCUACAGGGGCUACGUUCCAAACUUAGUGGGCAUCAUCCCCUACGCUGGGAUAGACCUCGCUGUUUAUGAGACUCUGAAGAACACGUGGUUGUCGCACUACGCCAAAGACUCGGCUAACCCUGGAGUUCUGGUGUUGGUGGCCUGCGGGACCAUCUCUAGCACCUGUGGCCAGCUGGCCAGCUAUCCACUCGCACUUGUGCGCACACGGAUGCAGGCACAAGCGUCUCUGGAUGCGACAGACCAGCCCUCCAUGAGCAGCCUGAUGAAGAAGGUUGUAACCAAAGAAGGCUUUUUCGGACUUUACCGGGGCAUCCUGCCAAACUUCAUGAAAGUCAUCCCCGCUGUCAGCAUUAGCUACGUGGUUUACGAGUACAUGAAGACUGGCUUAGGAAUUUCCAAAUGAUGCCGCAAAGACAUGAAAAAGAACAUUUAUUUGUUAGACUUGAAAAAUACCUGAAAUAACUCAAAGAAGACAGACAGACGUCAAACAUACAGAGCAUGACUUCCGCCAGCUGGCACAGGAGUUCAGCGGAUGGAAAACUGUAUGUAUCCCACUAAGGGUCAUCUGUCAGUAGCUAAAGCAUUUAUCAUUUGUGCUGAGCAUGCUUUAAUUUGUAUCCUACUGUUACACACAACGCAUUUCCAAAAUAUGUACACCAUCCAAAGCCAGUUUUGACAUAAAGAUAGUAUUGUAUUAAAUGCACGCCUAAAAAUUA